CAAAUCUAAAAUAGUCAAGUUUGUAGACGCAACGCCACGAGAUGAAUUUAUUGGUGAACGGACUCAUUUUAUUAUUGCUAUUGGCAAUAAUUUUACCCUAUACUGAGGCGGAGGGUGUGAGUGGCAUCUAUAGUGAUCCAGCACAUCCAGGCAAGUGUGUAAUUAAUCCGAAUCUCAUACUUAAUGUGGGAGAGACUGCUGAACAUCCAGAUAUGCAAUGUGCUCGAAUCGUAUGCGGAGAGAAGAGCUUUGCCAAGAUACAAAAAUGUGAAUUGGAGUUGCCACUACGUUAUUGCAAAUUGGGUGAGCCGAAAUUUCCCAAUGCUGAUUAUCCUAUUUGCUGUCCCCGCAAACAUAUAUGCGGGCAUACACGAGAGCUACCACAAUCUGAGACGAUAGUAGAUCUACAAAUUUAGGAAAUGCAUAUCACAUUGAACUCACACACAAAUAAAGUGGCCAUAGAUUAAAAAAUAUAUAAAAUUUA